GCGGGACUAACGCAUGACGUUGAUGAACCUGAUCACUUCCUGGUCCGCGAAUCCUGUUUGCGUAUAAUAUAAAACAGUAUUUUUGUGUACUAAUUUUUUUAAAAAGUUAUUAGAACGCUUGCUAACGGAGCAGAAUGAUUGAAUAUUCUUUUGCCAUACCAAUAUCUGUAGUGACAUUAUUUUGGGUGUUUGUUGGUGGAGCUGUGCCGUUGUUCAUUCCCAAGGGGCCGAACAGAGGUGUUAUCGUGACCAUGUUGGUGAUGACUGCAAUCUGCUGCUAUUUGUUCUGGUUGAUAGCCAUCCUAGCUCAGCUGAACCCACUGUUUGGACCAACACUGAGCAACGAAACCAUAUGGUACCUCUGGCACCACUGGCCCUAAAUGUUGGCUUAUAUGAGUGCAAGGACCUGGAUAAAACUGCUUUAUACCUGAAUGCAGGUGUCAAGAGAAGCCAGCAACAUUCAUUUGAAUCUACAAGUUCAUUGUAAAGACAGAAUGAGAUUAUGUACAUUUCAGUUUAUGUUAAAUGUUUGCUCUUUUGACUAAGCAAUGCAUCAGUUCAGUAAGAACAGGUGAUUCAAAUAUGGUUCAACAAGUGCCAUAUGAACACUAUAUGGAACAUUGUUCCUAUAUCUCACACCUAAUUGGUUACCUAGUAAUUUUGAGAGCUUAAGCUUGACAAAGCCCCAUUAUGGUGUCCUUUAAGUUUUGUUUCCUUUUUGUGAGUAAGAGAUGCUAUUAUUUAGUGGAGAGCUUGGCAUGUAUCCCAGGGCCGUGGGCAGAUCCAAGCACUCAGUGCAUGGCGGUGCACUGCGGGACCGCCCCAAUAGAAACAAUGGCGGUGCUCGCCCUGCCCCUUGGUGGAAUCUUGCACUUGUUCCUUUUUCAAGUUCCAAGCAUUGACACCCCAGCAAUAUUCAAGUGUGGAUACAUAAUAUGAUAAGGAAAGAACAUGUAUACAUGUAGGCCAGAAGAUCAACUGUGGAAGCUUGACGACUGUCACAGUGAACUUAAUUGUUUACUGUCAAUGUUACAAACUCAAUACAAGUGAUAGAGUAUGAAUCUGAUUAUUUGUCUGCUCUACUUUUAAUGUGUUAUUCGUUACAUUUUGCUCUGUGACGUUACUACAUACAAUGAUUUAGAUGUCAGAAAGUGAAGCAUGCCCGUUGCAUAUACAAGCCUUGGUCUUACACAACAGAAUGUAUUAGACUUGGGCCUUUCCUUUAGUGCUAUUCUUCAGCCAUGCAAUCCUUCAGCAGAAAUCUGAUUAAAAAAACUGAUGAAUAAAAUCAUCAUCAGACUUGA